AUGUCGUUUAAUCUUACCUCCGCUAACAAUCGUAGAGGUAUCACUUCAAAUAGAAGAAGCGUGCUUAAUCGUCCUUCACGGCGAAAACAAGUCACUAAAAAGCAGCCACCGAAGAACGAAACCGCCAUUGUUGCGACCGGUUCUUGCCGUUACGAUAGUUCACUCGGUCUUCUCACAAAGAAGUUUGUUUGUCUCUUAAAAGAAGCUAAAGAUGGAGAUUUAGACCUGAACACAGCGGCCACCGCAUUAAAGGUACAAAAACGUAGGAUAUACGACAUCACCAAUGUAUUAGAAGGAAUUGGAUUAAUUGAAAAAAAUUCAAAAAAUCAUGUUCGUUGGAAAGGUACACAACUACAAUCAGCAUCUUCAUUACGCCAGAAUUAUAAAACAAAAAUUGAAGAACUUAGAGCGGCAAAUGCCACACUUGAAACUGAGCGAUUAGAACUUGAAAAGGCCAAUCAAAAUGUGGAUAUUAAUAUUAAAAGUAUAUAUGAAACCGAAGAAAGAUUCGCAUUUGUAUAUAAAUCGGAAAUCGAAAAUAUUAACGCUUUUCGUGGAGAUAUAUUAAUUGCAGUAAAGCCUUUUUCAGGGAUACCCUUGCAGAUGUCCGAGGAGGUUGAGAAUGGGCAAACGAAUCGACCCUUAUACCAAAUUCAUAUUCGAGAUCCAAGUGGUCAGCCAGUUUAUAUUCUUCAACUUUCAGAUAGUAAUCCAGAAGAUCACUUCACUGUAACGAAUAAUCAUUAUGGAUUGGGAAAUAUGCCGUCUCAUACAUUUACUCAACCUAAUUACGAUAUGAUUUAUAGUAAUAUGGACGAUCAUCAUCGUUUACAUUAUCGUCAUCAGAAAGGUUAUCGUCAAAAUAAUCAUCGCCCUCAUCGCCAAUAUCAUCGUCACUCAGAAUUUGGAAUUAUUGAUGAUGGAAAUGAAAAUUUUGAACCUCUAUAUCCAUCAUUCGGUACGAGAGAUUAUGAUUUUGGCACAUUCAGACAUGAAGGUCGAGAAGGAUUAGAUAUAUUCGGACGAGAUCUCAAUCAAAAGAUGAGAGGCGACCAUCUCCCAUAA